GCGCGGGUCCGUCCUAAGCGCGGCGGUAGCAGCCAUCAUGAGAACCCGGACUGCUCGGUUGUCUUCUUCGACAUUAGCAAGGACCAAGACCAGCUUCACCAGUGGAGAGAAGCCAUGAGCCGAGAAUUUUUUUGGAUCCGAUGUCUGGAUGUGCCUGUAUCGGCAAUGGGGUUACUCAAAGGAGUAAUUGAAGAUGCAUUUGGAUCGAUUAUCAAGGACUGUACCCCGUACAAAUAUCCGUUGUCACCUGAUCUGCGAGAUGUACGCUUCGAUCUUACCCUGUCGGCUAAGCUUCGAUAUAAGGAACGGCUCGUCGUAGACCUUUGGGAAUUCGGCCGCAUGGACAUCAAAGUCGCUUGUGCGACGACACCUUGGUGCUCUGUAUGCCGUAAAUAUUUCCAUAAAGACUCAGACGAGUCCUGUCCUAAGAAUAAAAGCAAGUCAACCAAAGACCCAGAGGAUAAGGAAGGGACAGAAGGAGGAAAGAAAGACAAAGGAGACGAUGGAAAUGGAGGAGAUAAGGAAAGGGAUAAAGGGAAGGUUGACGGUGAGAAGAAGCCUGAUGAGGAGGAUAAGAAUGGAACGGAGAAGGAGAAAUCCAGAGAUGAUGAAAAGAGUGAUGACAAAGGAAGGGAGAAGAGAAAAGGGAAGGAGACGAGUGUAGAUGGGAGUGGGAGAAAAAAACAGGGGAAACAAACGAGGAAAGUGAAGCCCAAAGCUAAGGCAUCCUGGAGGAGGAAGGGGAAGGAUAAGCAGAUGAGAGAGGAAAGAGAGCCAGUUGUUUUUGCGGGAAAACCUAAGAGGAUAAAUGAUCAGACCGAAGGGGAAGUCAUGGGAGUUUCCCUGACCGCUUUAGGGGGGCCUUCGAACUCCGAAAUCAUCUCCAUUGAAAAGAUAGGAGACCACCUAAUUAGUGACCUCCAGGAUGACAACGAGAAACUAGAAAUGAUAGGACACUCUGAUGAGACAUCUGAUCCAGAAGCAGAGGAGGAAUUUGAAUUUGCAGUGGCAGGUCUCUUUGAAGCAGGGUUGAUCCAGUUCGAUAUACAGAAGGACGCUGAUAAGGGGAGAAGAGAAUCGUGUGAGACUGUGAAGCUUCCUGAAGGACUGUCGGCCUUAGAGGUCACAGAUUGGUUAACCAGGAGAGAAGCUCUUGACUACCUGUCAUCAGAGGUCUUUCAGAACCAGGUGUCAGUAGGAGGCCUCCUCCUAGGGACACCGGGCAUUGAGCAGGGCACUACGGAAAGGGUCACAGCAAGGAUUCAGGGUUGGGUCAAGCACUACAAGUUAUCUACCUUCGGCAGAGCUCUGGUGUUGUCGGUGGCUGCAUUCUCGAUCCUCUGGUUCCCCCUUUCCAUUUGUCUUCUGGGGCAAGAGGCUUACACGACCAUCAGAACAACCGCGGCGAGGUACCUUUGGAAACCAGGGGCGGAGGAGGGCGAGGGAUACAUUGCUAAAGCCGCUUGGGACACAGUACGCUUUCCCCGUGAAGAAGGUGGUAUGGGACUUCAGGACCCCCAUUUGCAAAACUUAGCAUUGCUAGCAAAAUGGGUGAUCAAGGCACUCUUCGAAUACCCUACCAAGCUGUGGGUCCGUCUCGCAUAAUAUAUUUUAAAGAAGGAGUGGGCGUUGUCAAACUCGGGAAACGUAUGGCAAUGUAUCCUGAUUCCGUCAUACCAGAACAGAAGAACCAAGUCCAGACAAUGGAGAGGUAUCCUUCGAGCCUGGAAAAAGUUAUUGCCAAAAGCCCUCCAACCACCAAGUACAAAAAAGGAGAUUUCUACGCAGUGCCUUUUCGAG